CUGAGAGCUGGAAGAGAGUCAGUGUCAGUGUUGGGUUACAGAUGCGGUUUAAAGUCGACCUUGCAUUACAUUUUACAGCUUGGCAAUCAGAAGUUGUUUUCUCCAGGUUACGUAUUGAUCGGUAUUAGUAGACAAUUUGCAUAACCCGCAUGCCGGUUGGCUGAGAGACAAUCAUCCAAUCUUGUGAAACAAACUCGCCCUGCUUUCCGGGGAAGAGGAGGAGGAGUAGGAGGAAGGGAGUGCAUCGGCUCUUACACACACUGCUGUGUUGCAAUUUAUCAAAUAAGAAGCUAUUUGACAAAAGCCGGCUCGGACCGCAGGGGCUGUGGAGGAGGAGGACCAGUGCAAUGAUGACGGGCAGAUCUGUGAAAGACGUUGACAGAUACCAGGCUGUCCUCAACUCUUUGCUGGCGUUGGAAGAUAAUAAAUUCUGCGCUGACUGCGAAUCAAAAGGUCCAAGAUGGUCAUCCUGGAAUUUGGGCAUCUUCAUCUGUAUCCGCUGUGCUGGUAUCCAUCGAAACCUGGGGGUCCACAUCUCCAAGGUCAAGUCGGUCAAUCUGGACCAAUGGACACAGGAGCAGGUCCAGUGUGUUCAGGAGAUGGGAAAUGCCAAAGCCAGACGUCUCUACGAAGCUUUCUUACCUGAGUGCUUCCAGCGCCCCGAGACAGACCAUUUAGCAGAGAUGUUUAUUAGAGACAAGUAUGAAAAGAAGAAGUACAUCGAUAAAGUCAUUGACAUCCAGAUGCUUAGGAAAGAAAAGAGCUGCGACAAUAUACCCAAGGAACCAGUUGUGUUUGAGAAGAUGAAAUUGAAAAAAGACGUCAGCCCCAAGACAAAUACCCAGGCUGUCACAGACCUGCUUGGAUUAGAUGCCCCUGCUCCAAGUCCUGCAGUGUCUAACGGAGGAGGAUGUGUUUCAGACAGUAAUGGGAGGCCAGCGGUGUCCAAUCCGGCUCUGGCACACUCUGCUCUGGAUCUCUUCAGCUCUCUGUCAGCACCGGCCACUGCUUCCUCUAAAAGAAACACGCCUGUUUCCAGCUCUAUGCCCCAGAGUAGAGUGACUGCCUCUGUGCCUGAAAACCUCAGUCUGUUCCUGGAUCGGACACAAAAAGCAGAGGGGGGCGCUGUCAAGAAACUGUCCAAGGACUCGAUUCUCUCCCUGUACGCCUCCGCCCCAUCAGUACACGCCAGUAUGUCUGCUCAUGCAGGCUUGUACAUGAACCAAAUAGGAUACCCGACACAUCCAUAUGGAUCGUACCACUCUUUAGCCCAGGCAGGUGGAAUGGGAGGCCCCAUGAUGACAUCACAGAUGGCCAUGAUGGGACAGCCGAAUGGCCCAAUGGGUGCUCAGGGUGUCAUGGCACAGCCUAGUGGCACACCUUAUAUGACAGGGAUGACCCAGGGUAUGAUGGGACAGCAAAGCGCAAUGGUGAUACAUCAACAAAAUGGGAUGAUGGGACAGCAGCCGCAGAAUGGGAUGAUGGGACAUCAACAGAAUGGGCUGAUGGGACAGCAGCCGCAGAAUAGGAUGAUGGGACAGCAGCCGCAGAAUGGGAUGAUGGGACAUCAACAGAAUGGGAUGAUGGGACAGCAGCAGCAGAAUGGGAUGAUGGGACAUCAACAGAAUGGGCUGAUGGGACAGCAGCAGGUUGGAGGUUUACCUCAACAGCAGGUGUACGGAGGGCAACAAACUCAGCAGCUACAGUGGAACAUUACCCAGAUGACUCAGCAUAUGGCCGGUGUGAAUGUCAGCAACACCAGUGGCAAGAUAGGAUACAGCAGUCAACAAAUGCGGGGCUCGACAACUCAAAGCUCAGCGCACAUGACGGCGCAUGUUUGGAAAUGAUCUCAUCUAUCAAAUAUGUGAUGUCAUGCCAAUAACCCUGGGAAAAGAGGGGGACUGAGUUGUACGAACCUUUCAAUCACUCUCCAGGAGACAUUUUCGAAUGAAAGGGGGAAGAAGAAGAAGAUGAAGUAGGAGGAGAAGGAGAAAGGUGUGAAAUAGCUGAAGGUUUCGAAAACCACAACUACCUCUUUCUCUCUCCUCUCUGCCCAGGCUUCCUAUUCUCUCUUCCAUCCAUGGCCAUGUUUUGCAUAUUCCCAUUCUUGCCUUCAGAACACUUUGGCAUGAUGUCCAAGACAACAGGGUUCAAGGUUAACUGGUUAGGACUACACAUCGUUGUUUGUAGCCUGUAGGCUAUGUGCCAGCGUUGUACACAUCAGCUAUGUGUGGGUGUUAACCAACUGCACGACUUAAAAGAACAGAUUUGAUUUAUUUUACAAUUGAUCAUAAUCAGAAGAAAAUGCAAAACGUACCUAGCUUAAAUCCAUUGGUUGAUGUGCUUGAAUAUUGAGGUUAUUUUGUAAGAAGACACAUUUCCCUUAAAGGAUGGAGACAUACAUUAUUUCAAGACUAAAAGUGAAGGCUAAUAUUUUGUUUCAUUUGGUAAAUAGUUUGCUUUCAUGGGAAUGAGCCUAAUUGCCUCUUUUUGCUGUGAGUGAGACGAAUAUGAAGCUACCCCCAGCAGCUGGUUAGCUUGUUUUAGCUUAGCCUAAAGACUAGAGACAGGGGAAACAACAAGCAUGGCUUUAUCUAAAGACUUUAACUUUGUAAGCAUUAAUUAAAUGAGAUAUAAUAUGUUUAACAGUGAGCUUUAUAUGUACUGUUAGGCAGAUUGUUCUACCUUUUAAUAGACAGAGAAUAGACACAUUUCCAGUCUUGGUGUUAAGCUAAUUGACUGCUGUGGUUAGCUUCAUAAAUACCAUGGUAUUGAUUUUCUAAGCUACAUUUUGGCAAGGAUAAGCAUUCAGGUAAUGUCAAACCAAAAUGUCGAACUAUUGUUUUAACGUUGUAUUAACAAAUAAUUCACAUCAGAAUCCAACAAUUAGCUUAACUUUAGCCGCAACCAUUUCCAAGCGCACAGGGGUAAAGAUUUUCAAAGUAAGGUAACAAAGGGAUUAAAAGUAGAUUCUUACUAGAACAUAAUCAAGCUAGGUUAGGCUAUGCUAAUCUAUUAUUUUAUCACCCCUCAAGCUGCACGUGGAGGGGUAAAUAAACAUUAAUGAAUUAGCUUGGCUUUGCGAAGGAAGAAAUACAUUUUUCAAAUCUUUCAAAAAACAUUGUAUCCCCUUCCUAAACAAUCAAGUCGUCCUACAAUAAUCAAAUUUAGGAAAAUCGUUUAGGUUUUUAGAUCCUUUGUCUCACAAGUUAUAGCAGCUACAAAACCUAACGCCAUUAUUAUGAUCUCUUCUACUCUAUUUACAGAGGGCUUCUUUGAGAACACAUACUGAAACUCGACUUCAUUGUCUAAAGUCCUAAACUGGAUUUUGGGAGACCAAAGAUCAACGCUAGCUUUAUUAUGGUUGUACAGUAUUGCAAUGCUUUGUUACAUCUGUAGCCACAUAACUAAUGAUAAGUAGAACAUUUAAGUCAGCAAUCCUUUAACAGUCUGGUCAAACCUGCUCUUAAUCAAUGAAUAUCUGGGCAUAUCAAUUCACUGUGCUAUUUCCUCAGACAGGGUGGGACACUUAAAAAGUCACUUGCAUGCAUGUACAUGUUGAAAUAACACUCACACACCUCAAGUUAAUCUACCUUGUACAAUAGAGGCCUCAAAAGUUGUUGUUAUAUAAGAGAGAAGGAGGUGAAGGACAGAGACAAAAGACGACCAAGGUACAGAUCAUGUUUCAGAUUCUUCCACUGAAUUGCAUGAGGACAAUGUUUAUCUAACUCUGAUUGUAUGUUUUUCAAAAUAUCUGAAUGUGUCUCUCUGAAUGUUUCUCUCUACAUGUUGAUCCGCUUCGACCAAGACCAACAAAAUGAUUAAACGACUGCGCGUCUUGAAUGUGUCACAAUGUACUUGACUAAUUUUGAAUACACACCUCAGUAAUACUGGCGUGUGUUUGUUUUUGAUAUUCUACUGUCAACCAAUGUACACUUGUGUCUUCUGAAUGUCCUGUGGUCAACAGCGUCCUGUCUGUUUUUGGUGAAUUGUUGAAUUCCAACCAAGGUUUAAUGUCCUGCCGUCCAAUUAGGAUCCAACUGUGACCAGGCUGACACAUUAUCAGGUCACUCGAGGGAGUGUGAAGCGAAAAGUGAUAGUACGACCACUCACUUCUAAGCCAUCUCUAUGUCCUUGCUGUUUUGUUCAUUCUUAUAAUAACCCUUGCAUGAAGCCAUUAGUGUAAAUAAUGUCUUUCUGUUUUGUCAUGUAGAAGCACAGAAAUGCUUCUAAUGUGAGAGCUUAAAGAGAAUUAAAUGAAUAUACUCUUGUGUAACAAGAUUACAAUUAAGUGCUGCCACUAAAAAAAGCAGUACAGCCUUUAAAAAAACUCAGAAUUUUGUCUAUUCCCUCGAGCAUUUCUUUCAAUUGUAUCUCAUUUGGUGGCAGUCGAGGCAACAGUGUGAGAGCAGCAGUCACUUUCUCUGCUCAGAGCAAUAUCUGCCAUGUUACAGCAUAUCUGUCAGAGAAGCUUCUUAAAAAGCAGUAAAAAUACAUUCCUGUGGGCUACCGGCUUAGUAUGCUUCAGUUCCUUCUUUUGUCUGGUAUAUUUUCUGUGAAAUAAAAGCAAAUAAAAGGAAUGUAUCUUUUGAUGUACUUGUUAAUCAAGAUAUUGUGUAGUUUAUUCUUUAUCAGAAUGUCUCUGUAUAAUAAGUAACACGAUUGAUAAACGUGAUGUAUAUUAGUUCUGCAUUUGUUCCACAUGCUUUGCCCCUUUUUGAUUUGAUAGUCACUUUCAUUUGAGAAUAUGUGAUACUUGUCUCUGUGAAAAUAUUAAAAAUAAAUAUUGUUUUGAUUCAA